AUCGCUAGUUCAAAGUUCGGGUCUUCAAGAGUAGAAAAUGGGAAGCUCGCAGGCCCAGGCCGGUGUGACCCGCGGGCGGACGAGUGGCCGGAAUCCCCAGGAAAGCUUCCCAAAAUGCAAAUCCCCGAGCCCACGCGAGAUCCAAUGCCUCAGAGUGUCGGGGUAGGGCCCGGAAACCUGAAUUCUGAACAAACUUCCCCACACAGCCAAAUCUGGGAAUCACGGACCUGGUCAUAACAGAUUUACAGGAGCGUCCCACCCGCUCUGCUUUUCUCCGGAGCUGAUGGGGGAGGAGCCCUCACUUGGAUCUCGACCCCGAGCCCGCCCCGGCUUUGGGGCCUCUGAGGGCGUGAGACCGGAAACAGGGGGGCUUCGGAAAGCGGCUUGGCGCCUGGUGGAGGCCGGGGAGUUCCAGCCCCUACCACGUCAGCAUCCAUGUGGGCCCUGGGCAGGCGAGCGUGGGAGAGCCUUGGUCGCUGAGGCGCUGUAGGUGGCUUCCCAACUACUACAGAGAGAAACAAAUUGGAAUCCCAGACUUCAGGUCCCAGAUAAAUUCUGAACUGCUGGAAGGGGGCGAUGGCUGUGGCCCUGGGUUGUGCAAUCCAGGCUUCUUUGAAUCAGGGCUCCAUGCUUCAAGAAUAUGAUGAUGACUGUGAAGUCUUCCGUCAGCGCUUCAGACAGUUCCAGUACAAAGAGGCAGCCGGGCCUCAUGAAGCUUUCAACAAACUCUGGGAGCUGUGCUGUCAAUGGCUGAAGCCAAAGAUGCGUUCUAAGGAACAAAUCUUGGAGCUGCUAGUGUUGGAGCAAUUCCUAACUAUUCUCCCCACGGAGAUAGAGACCUGGGUGAGGGAACACUGCCCAGAGAAUAGAGAAAGAGUUGUAGCACUGAUAGAAGACUUACAGAGAGAACUUGAGAUACCAGAGCAACAGGUUCAUAGGCAAGAAAUGCUCUUGGAAGAGUUGGCACCAGUAGGAACAGCAUAUGUACCACCAAACAUCGAACUAGAGUCACCUGCACUUCAGGUCAUGGGACCGUCCCAGGAGGCCACACUGGCAGAGGCAUGGAUCCCACAGGAAGGGCCACAGGAGCUGAACUACGGUGCUGCUGGGGAAUGCCAGCCUUUUCCAGAACCUGGCUAUCCAAUACCAAAUCUUGACCCAAGCUUCCCAUUGGAGCAUAGAGAAGAGACAUGGAUGAAGGAAUUACAAGAUUCCACAGAAAUGGAACAAUUACUUGAUUCCAAGAUAGAUUUUGAUAUCGGGAUAGAAAAUGAAGAAGACACUUCAAAUCUGAAAAGGCUUGAUGAUAUAUAUCCAUUUAUUGUUACUUUAGAGGGGAAUUCUCUCCAUGGUUCCAUUUUGCAAAAAGACUAUGAACAGUUAGAAAAUCAAUGGGAAAAACCUCCAGAGGAGUUACAGACAGAUUUAACAAAACUUGUAGAUGAUCAGAACCACUCUCUGGGAGAAAAACCUGAGAGCUCCAACCUGGAAGAGCCUCUCAACCCUAGACCCCAUAAGAAAAAGAGCCCAGGAGAGAAACCUCACCGAUGUUCUCAGUGUGGAAAAUGUUUCGCUCGUAAGUCACAGCUUACUCGGCACCAGAGAAUUCAUUCAGGAGAGGAACAUCACAAGUGUCCUGAAUGUGGGAAAAGCUUCCUUCGUAGUUCAGACCUUUAUAGACACCAACGACUUCACACAGGGGAGAGACCUUAUGAAUGUACUGUAUGUAAAAAACGAUUCACUCGGCGGUCACACCUUAUAGGGCAUCAGAGAACACAUUCUGAAGAAGAAACAUAUAAAUGCCUUGAGUGUGGGAAAAGUUUUUGUCAUGGAUCAAGUCUUAAAAGACAUCUGAAAACUCAUACAGGUGAAAAACCUCAUAGAUGUCAUAGUUGUGGGAAAGGUUUUCUUCGGCUGACAGCUCUUACUUUGCACCAGAGAACUCACACUGAAGAGAGACCAUUUAAAUGCAAUUAUUGUGGAAAAAGCUUUAGACAGAGACCAAGCCUUGUGAUUCAUUUAAGAAUUCAUACAGGGGAGAAGCCAUACAAGUGUAGUCAUUGUUCUAAAAGUUUCAGGCAGAGAGCAGGCCUUAUUAUGCACCAAGUCACUCAUUUUAGAGAAGACUUCUUUAAGAAUUGUUGAGGGAAACCGUUCCUACAGAAAUUGACACUAACCCCCAAAUUCUUAACCUUCAACAACCUGUUUGUCAUGGAAGAACAGUUUUGUUUCAGCCUAUAAAAACAGCUAUUUUUGCAACCCCUAUCUUUCAAGGCAUACGAGUUCUAGAGUAUUCACUUACUCUUACAGCUGUCCUAGAUUCAAUUUAUUCUGUCUCCAUAACUUGUAAUCUUUUCAUUACAAUGAAAAUGUUUGUGUCCCAAGCUGACCAUGUCAUAGGUAUAAGCAUAAAGCAUAUAAAUGGUGACAUUCCUUUAGGUCUAGGGUCAGUAUAGUGGAUUAUCCCAGUAACCAUUUCUGUCUGAGAUAUCUAUUAUAGCAGUAUUAUAAUUGUUCUGUUGUGUCAUUAUGAGAGGUGAAUAUAUUAGUUCAAGGUAUUAGGAUGUGCCCAAAGUGGCAAGAAAAGAGAUAGUGAAGUUUGGUCAAACUAUAAAAAUCUGUCAGGGCCACAAGCGUUAAGGGAAUUUCAGCUGCCUGGUAGGCACUGAGAUAUUCCCAUUGAAAAUUUUAUGUUUUAGAAAAUGAAGUUUUUAACAUUUACUUUGAAUGUUGUAAAGUUUCCUAGGCUGCUUAUUUGGCAGUCUGUGAUAAUGCUCCCUAGAGCUGAGUAUUAAUUUGGUGAUGUAUUUUAUUCACAGAAUAAGUAAGGUCUAUGUCUGGAAAAUCCCACUUGACAGCUGAGUUCAUACAGUAAGAAUCUGAUUUAAUUUAGAUGGACUGAAGAAGCAGUGUUCAUUGCUUUUCACUCUCCUUUGGUAUUCUAUCAUGUGUCUCUUGGUGCUUUUUAUUUCUACCCAUUCUUUAAUUCAGUAUCUCACAAAGUGUGUGUCAUAGAGCAAUGAGUUCAGCAAGAUGUUUUGCAAAUAAGUUUGGUAAAUUCUCCCCUUUGUAGAUUUCACAGUGCACAUCAGCACAUGAGAAUCUCUGGGAGGCCUUCUAGUAAAGGGAAGAAAACACCUUUUUUUUGGCUCAAUGUUUUCCAAACUUACUGGACUCCAGACUCCUUUUUCAUGUAUGCCUAGUAAUAACCCACAGAACUAGCAUUUUGCAAAUAUUCCUUAGAAUGCACUGCCUUAAACAAUAUUUCUACAGUGAUCAGUUUAGACUUUUUACUCCCAAGCCUAGUUAUCUCAAGGGGUGCUGUGAAAAAUUAUUUAAACAUAUAUAUCUUUUAUGUAAUACAUAUACUUGCGCAUGCACACACACAUCACUGUAAGGAAGUGAGAGUCACUAAUUCAGAUAAUUUAUACAUUUCCCAGUGAUUCUCAUCCUCGUUUAAUUUUACUUAUAAAUGCAUACACACACAUUGCUACUAAUAUAAAUGUUCUCAUGUAAUCACAUUAAAAACUCAAAUUGCUGCAGCAAGGGAAGAAAUCUCUGAGUCAGUUAAAGCUGUUAAUACACAAAAAUAUUCAUUGAUUUUGGAUCCUUGCUGUGAAAUAUAAGAAAUAUCACAUCCAAGCAUUUUCUCUUUAUGAAGAUAUCCAGUCUUCCUUUCCUUAAACUAGAAUCAGGGAAAGUGUAUCUCUUGUACUCCACUGAAGUUGUUGGAAGUGAUAUUCAACAUAAAUAUGUGUUGGGUAUCUACUAUGUGCCUAACUAGCCCUAUUCUAAGCUUAAUGCAAGUUAGUAAAAUAAGAAAAGGUGACUCAUGGGUCAGGUUCAUAAAGAGUUUACAAUCUCUUUAAUUAAUCGAGAACAAUGCAAAAGAGUAUGUAAUGAAGUGCCAAAUCAUAUCAAACACUAGAGCCAGGGUGUGUCUUUAAUUCUUUUCAUCCAGGUCCCUGUAUGAUGCUGCUAUACUUCUGGGAUUAGAAUUGGGAUCCCAGUAGCAAUAAACCUAUAUCAAGAGAGGAGUCUGAAUGUAGAGAUGAAAAAUGCUGAAUAUAAUGACUUCUCUUUUCUCUCUUGUGGAAUUGCACUUAAACCAGAACAUUCUGUGCCUUAGAAUGGAUGUGCCCAACUGCUCUGUAUCUAUGCAAUAUUUUAAUAA